AUGUCGUCGGGACAAGCCUCGCACAGUCGUGAGAACUCGGGUCUCACCGAUCAUCGGCCUCUGCAACCGAGCAACCUGCGGCGGAGCCAGACGGUCUCGAGCCGAAACGUCGGUCUCGGCCCCGGCGGCCACGACAGCGAGCCCUCGUCCCGACCCCCUUCGUCGCCGCGCUCCGGCAACGGCACGCGUCUCAGUCCCGCCGCCGCCGUCGAGUCGACGCCGCUGCUUCAACGCGACGAGCUGCCCCGACCCCUCCGCACGCACGUCUCGUCGGCCCACCCGGGCAUAUGCCAGCAUGGAACCUUCAGCCCGAGACCGGACAGUCCCGCCGCCGGCUCGGGGCCGCAGGAAGACUACCUCGACGGCAGCGACACGGCCUGGUCCGAGGCCCCCUCGGGCGGCCUCGACAGCGCCAUCUCUAGCUUCGUCGGCACCGACGACUGGAAAAGGUGGCUCAAGAGGAGGAUCAAGUCGAAAAAGGUCGACCACAGCAUCGAGCUGGCCCAGCGAGCCGGCUUCCGCUUCACGCCCAUGAUGUACCUCGCCUACUACAUCCCCUUCUUCAACUGGAUCACCCAGUACCGCGUCUCCUUUGUCAAGGGCGACGUCAUCGCCGCCCUCACCAUGGCCUCCUUCUACCUCCCCAUGGCCCUCUCGCUCGCCGCCAACCUCGCCCACGUGCCGCCCAUCCACGGCCUCUACUCCUUCGUCUUCAACCCCUUCAUCUACGCCAUCCUAGGCUCGUGCCCGCAGAUGGUCGUCGGACCCGAGGCCGCCGGCUCCCUUCUCGUCGGCACCGUCGUCCAGCAGAGCGUCGACUCCGGUGCCGACGGCGAGGACGACGGUCUGCUCCACGGCCAGAUAUGCGGUGUCGUCGCCGGCAUGGCGGGUGCCAUGGUCCUCAUCGCCGGGCUCGUAAGACUGGGCUUUCUCGACAGCGUGCUGAGCAAGCCCUUCCUGCGCGGCUUCAUCAGCGCCAUCGGUUUCGUCAUCGCCGUCGACCAGCUCAUCCCCGAGCUCGGGCUUGUCGAGCUCGCCGAGGAGCAGGGCGUGAGCCACGGCAGCAGCGUCGACAAGAUCAUGUUCAUGGUGGCGAAUGCCGGCAAGAUGCACCGAUUGACCUUUGCCAUCGCCGCCAUCAGCUUUGUCGUCAUCAUGAUCUGCCGCGAGCUCAAGAGGCGGCUCGAGGGCAGGUUUCCCUCGGUCGCCUUCAUCCCCGAUCGCUUCAUCGUCGUCGUCGCCUCGGCCAUUCUUUGCGCCCACUUCCGAUGGGAUAAGCACGGAGUGGCCAUCCUCGGCACCGUUCAGUCCGCCACGGGCAACCUCUUUGCCUUUCGCUGGCCCCUGCAGCUCGCGCACAUGCGUCACAUCCGCGCCGCCAUGUCCACGUCCUUUCUCAUCGCCCUCCUCGGCUUCUUCGAGUCCUCCGUCGCCGCCAAGAGCCUCGGCGGCACCGGUGCCAUUCAGGGCGUCGAGCUGAGCGCCAACCGCGAGAUGAUCGCCCUCGGCGUCGCCAACCUCGUCGGCGCGAGCUUCAUGAGUUUGCCGGCCUUUGGCGGCUACGGGAGGAGCAAGGUGAACAAGAGCACGGGCGGCAAGACGCCCAUGAGCUCCAUCUUCCUCAGCCUCAUCUCCCUGCUGUCCGUCAUCUUCCUGCUGCCCCACUUCUACUUCCUCCCGAAGCCGGUGCUGUCGUCGAUGAUCUCGGUCGUCGCCUGGUCGCUGAUAGAGGAGGCGCCGCACGACAUUGCCUUUUUCGUGCACAUCCGCGGCUGGAGGGAGCUUCUCCUCAUGGCCAUCAUCUUUCUCUCCACCAUCUUUUACUCCCUCACCUUGGGCAUGGCCCUCGGCGUCGGCAUCUCCAUCCUGCUCGUCAUCAAGCACAGCACGAGACCGAGGAUCCAGAUUCUCGGUCGCAUCCCGGGCACGAACCGGUUCGAAAACGCCGAGUCGGACCACCCGAGUCUCGAGUUCAUCGAGGGGUGCCUGAUUGUCAAGAUUCCCGAGCCGCUGACGUUUGCCAACACGGGCGAGCUCAAAUCGCGACUGCGGAGGCUCGAGCUCUACGGCACUUCGCAGGCCCACCCGGCGCUGCCCCGGAUCCGCAGCCACGAGUCGAAUCGGAACAUCAUCUUCGACAUCCACGGCGUCACCUCCAUGGACGGGUCGGGAACCCAGGUGCUCGAGGAGAUCGUGCGCGACUACAGGCAGCGAGGCGUCCGCGUCUUCUUCUCGCGGCCACCGAGCCGGCGGGACCAUUCCGUGUGGAAGCUCAUGGAACGAAGCGGCAUCGUCGCCCUCUGCGGGGGCGAGUCGCACUUUGUCAUGGACGUCGAGGAGGCGCUGCGCUGGACGGAAUACGAAGAAAGCAUCGGCAUGGGAAGCGUGAGCAGUCUACGCGAGGACUCAUGA